UUGGAACAUCUUUUCUCAUAUCCAAAACCCGAAUGUUUUCAAUUGGAACACAAUGAUCGGAGGCUAUGCCGAGAGUGAAAACCCGAGGCCAGCCCUUGAGUUCUACCGCAAGAUGCCCUUGUCUUGUAUUGAGCCUGACACGCAUACGUACCCUUUUCUUUUGAAGACCGUAGCAAAGUUGGUCGAUGUUAGAGUUGGUGAAAUGAUACACUGUGUUUCCAUGAGAAAUGGGUUUGUGUCGUUGGUCUUUAUUCAGAAUUCUCUGGUUCACAUGUAUGCUACUUGCGGAGUUGCGGACAGUGCAUAUAACGUGUUUGACUUAAUGCGUGAGAGAGAUCGUGUUGCAUGGAACUCUGUUAUUAAUGGGUUUGCUCUUAAUGGGAGGUCUAAUGAGGCUUUGACUUUGUUUGAGGAGAUGGGCCAGGAUGGUAUGGACCCCGAUGGAUUUAUCGUGGUUAGCUUGUUGUCUGCUUGUGCUAAUCUGGGUGCUUUGGCCUUGGGUAUGAGAGUUCAUGUGUAUGUGGUGAAGGUUGGUUUGAAUGAGAAUUUGCAUGUUAGUAAUGCCCUUUUGGACCUUUAUGCGAAGUGUGGGAGCAUUAAAGAAGCAAGAAAAGUCUUUGGUGAGAUAAGAGAAAGGAAUGUUGUUUCUUGGACUUCUUUGAUUGUUGGGUUGGCUGUUAAUGGGUUUGGUAAUGAAGCACUAGACCUUUUCAAAGAGAUGGAGGGAGAAGAUAUGGUGCCAAGUGAAAUUACUUUUGUUGGAGUUUUUGUUUGACAUGUUCAUUGUGAAAGCUCUUCUGUGGUAUUCUUUUGAUCGUUGCUUCUCACUGCACGAAAAUGGUUGUACUAGCUGCUUCUAUUAUGAGCAAGUCUGGAAAAGGUGAGUCUAAGUGCUUGUCCUAGCUGCUUCUAUUGUGAGCAAGUUGUUGAUCAUAUAUGGUAUUAUAAAUAGACUCUGAAAAU